UGCCCAAACUGUCGGUAAGCAUCUCGCACCCUGCUUUGCGGAGGCCCCCUCUUAGCGAAGUUGUGGAAUGUCAGAGUAGGAAGAAAACCAACAUGGCAGACGGCCUCGUAAUGGAUUCGCCGGCGAAGGAUGGCGGCGGCAUCGUGAUCAGAGAUGACUGGCCAGGCUACCCACUGGACCUGUUUUCCUACCCAGAGCACUAUUCUGGAGACCUGGAGUGUGUUUACAUUCCCCAUGGAGUUAUCAUGGACCGGACAGAGAGGCUGGCCAGGGACAUCAUGGACGACUUGGGCGACCACGACAUCGUGGUGCUGUGUGUGUUGAAGGGGGGAUACCAGUUCUGUUCCGACCUGGUGGAGCGCAUUAAAGGGCUAAACCGAAACUCCAACAAAUCCCUGCCCAUGAGAGUGGACUUCAUUCGCCUCAAGAGCUACUUGAACGAUCAAUCUACACAAGACCUCCACAUUGUUGGAGGGGAGGACCUUUCUGUCCUCAGAGGGAAGAAUGUCCUGGUUGUGGAGGGUAUAGUGGAUACUGGAAAAACCAUGAAGGCUCUGUUGAGCCAUGUUGAAGCCUUCAAGCCAAAAAUGAUCAAAGUGGCUGGGCUACUAGUGAAGAGAGUUCCAAGUGGGUCAGGGUGCCAACCAGACUAUGUGGGCUUUGAGAUAUCCAAUCGAUUUGUGGUUGGAUACGCCUUGGACUACAAUGAGUACUUCAGGGAUCUUAAUCACAUUUGUGUGAUCAGCGAGAGUGGGAAGCAGAAGUAUAAAGUCUGACGACAUUCCCUACACUACCCUCUAGACCCAGCCUCCACCAGCUACACUUCUCCAGAUUCCCAAUAGUGUAGGAGACUGCUGACUGGAAGACACGCACAGAACGCCAAGUUUCACAGUAUUUCACAGUCAGAUUUUAGUUGUGAUUGUGUGCCUGUAUUUUGACCAAGAAAAACAUGUCUGAUUGGUGCAGGUUCAUCAUAGGUACACUGAAGAAUAUGUCUGGGUAUAGGUUUGUUAUUUGUCAUGGUACAACAUAACUGAAAUAUUUUCUGUGGUAGUUUGUCAUUCCUGAGGUGUAACCAUGUAGUAUGUUUGCCCAUGCCAUUAUGCCCUGUGUCAUAAGGGUCAUUGUUAUCAUUCCUACUGUACAUGAUCUAAUCUUGUGCUUGAAUCAUGUUUUUAAAACUAACCUGUAACUCUAAGGUAGUAAGUCACUGGCAUAUAGAAAGUAUGGCUGUUCAUAUGAAUAUGACAUCCUCAAACCGCUAUUCUUCAGUUCAGGAGCAUAGGAUAGGCCUAAAUGUUUUUGUAACCUUGUGUAGUUCAUGUUACAGUGUACAGAAGCAUUGCCAGCUGUGUCACUUGUUUACUUUAUAAUUUAUCCUUUGAAUGACCCCAUGUUGUUUAUUCUCUGAAUAGGAAACAUUUAACAUACACUGUACCAUACAUUGCUCUAUUGUCAAGAUGAUUUGAAUAGCUGAAACGCAUAAUAAACACAUUAAAACUGA